UUCAUUGUUUUAAUGGUUUUAAAAAUAUUUGCUCGAACUUCGCGGACGUUUAACAUUUGGCAGAUCACGUGAUUUAAUAUAUGAACUCAUACACUUGUUGCAUGUUGAUCGCGCGAUUUCAAAUAUUUUCAUAAAAGUAUCAGGAAAACAAAGAUUGUAACCAAAGUUUAACCUAAACACUGGUAGGAAUUGUAGAUAAUUACAUAAUAUAUACAAUGGUAUAUGUUUAAAAGGUAUAUCAUAAAAAUUAUGAUUACAAUAAUAUAUGCAAUUCGUGUUAUGUCACUAAGUUAUCAUUGUAGUGUUUAAUAUAAUAUAUGUUAAACAACUGAUAUAAAUAUUUAUCUGGUUAUUUUGUAUGAAGAAAAAGGAGGUAAAAGAAUUAACAGUAACCAUGGCAGAUACGGUAUAUAAGUAUAUGAAAGUACAAAACAGACCUUAUAGUAUUAAUGAACUAGUAUCUAAUCUGCAUAACGAAUAUGGAAAAUCAGCUGUACAAAAAGCCAUAGACAAAUUGGUAAAUGAGGGAAAGGUAUUUGAAAAAGUAUAUGGGAAGCAAAAGGUUUAUUGUCCAGUCCAAGAUUCAAGCCACGAUGUGGAAGAACUGAUGAGGAUAGAUAAAGAAUUACAAGUACAUGCUAAUGAAGUGGAAACUAAAUAUCAGGAACUGGAUAAAGAAAUUAAAGUACAAGAAGCUUUACUGGUAUCAAUGAAGUCUAGUAUUACAAUUGCAGAAGCAAAGAAACAGAAAGCUGUGCUUGAAGAAAAUAUAAAGAUGUUAACCAAUAAGUUGGAUGAACUGAUGGAAGCAAGCGGUACCGAAGAUUUAACUGAAAGUAAAAGGAAAGGAGAAAAAGCGUUAGAUGAAUAUUCACGUGAAUAUGCGAAACGAAAACGUUUAUGUACGGAAAUUAUAGAUUGUAUCUUGGAAAAUUAUCCUGGUACUAAAGCUGAGUUAUACGAGGAAAUAGGGAUUGAACCAAAAAUUGUUUAAUAACAUCAGUAUUGCUAUUUAUAAGUGUAAUAUAAUGUAUAUAUAAAAUA